AUGUCACAGGAGUAUCACAUAGUUGGUGCAGACACGAAUGAAACAUCGUGCAAUGAAGACGGCAAACUCACCAGACUAAAUAUUGAUUCUAUAUCAAAAAGAAGUGGUCAGCAUGACAGGUUGCCUCCAGAAGUGGCUCUGUUGCAGAACCUGGAAGAAAUUGUGCUUGAAGAGUUCCAAUUCCAGACAAUCACAGAUGUUGUGUUACCAGAGCUGACCCAGCUGAAGGAACUCCAUACUCUUCGUGUUGGCAGCAAAACACUCACUGGUACCAUCCCUCAAGACAUGGUAGAAACCUUGACGACGCUCCAACAUCUGGUUAGCUUUGAGAUUUUGGCAUCCAGACUCACAGGACUCAUCCCCACUGACCUGUUUCUACUGACCAAUUUGAGAAGCUUUUCUCUGAUAUCAUCUUUUUUUAAUGAAGAGAUUGAAGAUUGGAACCAGAAUCGCAUGGUUGGGCUGACUGGAUCCCUCCCAACAGAAAUGUUCCGCAUGUCUCAUUUGGAACACUUUUCUCUUACUGCAAAUGCAACUGGAAGGCUUCUGCCAGAGAUUGCUAACUGGAAGAACCUCACAUUCUUGAGAGUUUUUGCCAAUUUGGAAGGAGAGGUCCCUACUAACUUGGGCGAGUUGACCAAGCUCACACAUCUUGCGUUUGCUGGUUGCAACUUCUCAUCAAGCACAAUCCCAACAGAAUUGGGGCAAUUGUCCCACCUUGAAUAUUUGAAUCUUUACGAGACCCAAAUGCAAGGCUCUCUGCCAUCAGAACUUGCCAGAUUGCAGCACCUUACGCUCUUUGUUGUUCACAGCAACUCAAUCACGGGAACCAUACCUAGUGGGUUGUGGUCACUAUCUUCCGUGAAAAACCUUGAUCUUUCAAACACCCAACUUCAUGGGACAAUUCCAGACCAAAUUGGCACCAUGUCCAAUCUUGGAAAUCUCAAAAUCAGCCACGGUGCUUUUCGUGGGAGUAUCCCAUUUGCCAUGUUGGGUUCCACUGUCCGACUGCGACAUUUGUUGCUCACAGAUAGUUUCUUUUCCGGGGUGGGUCUUCCUACAGAGGUUGGGCUUCUCACUGGUUUGUUGACACUCGAUUUGUCCAACAAUGGAUACCUCAGUGGCAUAAUCCCCAGUGAAAUAGGCAAUUGCACAAUGCUGAGCUCUAUCCAUCUACAAGGGAACAACUUUACAGGAGGAAUCCCAACUGCUCUGGGCUUACUUGGCUCCCGACUACGGGAGUUGGAUGUUUCCAACAACACCAACCUUGUUGGGCCUAUUCCUUCAGAGCUUGGAAUGCUCCUGUGGUUGAACCACUUGGUUUUGCAUUCUACAUCUCUCACAGGCAGUGUCCCAGAAGAAGUCUGCUCCUUAAAAGCGGCCGAAGGAGCCUGGCUCAAAACUAUUGUGAUCGACUGUUCCAAGGUGACCUGUCACUGCAACUGUACCUGUGGCUGAGAAGAGUCUGAUGGCACGUCAUGCAGGUUCCCAUCAUGGACGCGCCAAAUAGUUUCAUUCUUCCAUGCAUGUUUGCAGCACCUACAUCCAUUGCAUCCUGUACAUCUUACUCUCCCAUGGCGUCUACAUGUAAAACAAUAGACAAAGUUGAAAGACAGUCCGUGCAGCCGUGAUUGACACGAGGCAGGGAGCUUCGUCACUAUCGGUAGCUAGCUAGGGUACGGUACCGGUUCGCCAGGCUGUACCAGGUACCGGUAGUCAGCCAGAGCGAGCGCAAUC